AUGGUGUGGCUGACGCAGCUCGCGCUGCUGCCGCUCGCGACAAGCGCGCUCCACCUGCGCGCGAGCGACGUCGACCGCCGCGCGCUGCUGCGCACCGUCGGCGGCACGGUCGGCGGCACCGUCGCGGCGCCGCUGCUGCACUCGGCGCCGGCGCUCGCCGCCGGCGCCGGUCCCGUGCUCAAGCUCAACGACGGCACGGCCUUCCCCGCCGUGUCCUUCGGCCUGCAGGUCUACGACGACAACGCGGCCUACAAGUACACGAUGCUCGCGCUCGAGUGCGGCUACCGCAACUUCUUCGCGUCCGUGCUCGCCGGCAACCAGAGGGGCUUCGGCAAGGCCGUGCGCGCGAGCGGCAUACCGCGCUCCGACCUCUACGUCUGCGGCAGCGUGCUGAGCAACCGGGCGCGGGGCUUCGACGCCGCCUACGCGGCGUCGAAGCGCGGCUGCGACGAGAACCUCGCGGCGCUCGACGUCGGCCCGCUCGACAACAUCAUGCUCGACUACCCGGGCGCGCCGCCGGCGUGCGGCGACGCGGACUCGAUCGCCGGCCAGUGGCGCGCGCUCGAGGCCAUGAAGAAGGACAAGGCCGUGAGAUCGCUGUCGCUGUCCAACUUCUCGCCGGGUCAGCUCGACUACGUCCUCGCGCUCGACGGCGUCGUCAAGCCGACGGUGAACCAGCUGCCGCUCGGCGUCGGCUUCAAGACGAAGCAGAACGCGUACCUCCUCGAGGAGAACCGGAAGCGCGGCAUCGUCGUCCAGGCCUGGUCGCCGCUCCGCGUCCUCUCGCCCGAGGCGAAGAAGGCCUGCGCCGACGUCGGCAAGCCCUACGGCAAGUCGCCGCAGCAGGUCGCGCUCAAGUGGAUCCUCGCCAAGGGCGCGACCUACACGUGCCAGACGACGUCCAAGGCCCACUUCCUCGAGGACAUCGACGUCGACGACUUCACCCUGUCGGCGAAGGACAUCGCCGCCCUCGACGCCGUCUCCUACGAGUUCUACUACCAGGGCGAGUGGUUCGAGACCGCGCCGGCGUUCCCGGCCCUGUCCGCCGCCGAAGAAGCCGACGAACAUCGAUUGCUUCGCGAGCACUUCGAGGAGCACUACGAUCGACUCGACACGCAGAACUGGCUGGACUUCGUCGGCGCGUCGACGCUCGACCGUCUGCUCAGGCAAGCGUUGCACUACAACUACGCGCGGGCCGUGUCGCUGCUCCUCGCCGCGGGCGCGGCGCACGCCUUCGUCGUGGGCUAUCCGCCGCGCCUGCGCCACGCGCUCACGUACUGCCGGCGCGCGGACAUCGCCGAGAUGCUCCUCGACGCGGGCGCGGACAUCGAGCUCCGGGACGGCGGCUACACCCCUCUGGAGGUCUGCCUCUUCCUCGACAGACCGGCCAUUGCGCGCGUGCUCCUGAGCCGCGGCGCGGACGUCGACGCCGUCGACCUCGCGCGGCCGCGGUCGAUGCCAAUGCGGUGCUACCGGCUGCUCCGCGCCAUGCGCGCGGCCGGCAGCUGGCGGGCGUACGUCGACCUGCCCCGCCAGGAGCUCCUCGGCUUCCGCCGGCGCCUCCUGGCCUUCCGCCGCCUCCUGUUCCGCCGCGCGUUCCCGCCGACCCCCUCCCUGCACGAGCGCCUCUUCUUCGAGGUGCCCGAGGAUGUCUUCCGCCACGUCUUCACCUUCUGGCGCGGCCCCCGCGACCUCCGCUAG